AUGGGUAGCCACAACGAUACUGGAAACUUCCUGAACGACGUGCUGCGACAAGUUUCUCAAGUUCAACUUGAAGUAAAUAUUCUCAAGGGAACAAGAGCGUCAAUAAAAAGUAAGUAGAUAGAGACUACCUGUUUCCAAAUGUUCGAAACUUCUAACAACCAAAAAAUGUUACUAAUAGCUAGUAUCUUUCAAAAUUCAUGGCGAGGAGAUGCCUAGAUUCGACUGAAAAGGAACAACACUUUUUUGUAUCAUCUCUCUAAGAUAGCCCGUAGUACCACGGAGAUUUUUUUUUCUUAUUCACAAGGAUGUAAAUCUCAGCCGGCAGAAAUAACUGCGUCUUUUCUUACUUUAGCCAAGGACUGUGCUGACGUAUACAAUUCUGGAGGAAGAAUCAGCGGUGUUUACACAAUCGACCCUCUUGAUGGUUUAGGCGCCUUCGAUGUAUUUUGCGACCAGAGCACAGCUGGUGGAGGAUGGACAGUGUUUCAGAAGAGAAUGAAUGGCUACAUGGAUUUCAAUCGCACCUGGGAAGAGUACAAACAUGGUUUUGGAAAUUUCAUCACUCAAGAAUUUUGGCUUCACAAGAUCCACCGCUUAACAAGAAAGGAGAUAGGAAACAGACUUAGGAUAGAACUUGGAAUAACUAAUAACAAGCCCAUUUACGCUGAGCAUGCAUGGUUUCGAACUGGAAACGAGAGUACUAUGUACCAGCUGAACCUCAGCAAUCUUUCAAGUAAGUCACUUUCCUUGGUUUAGCGACCAGUCGUUCUUUAUCGCCAGAGGGGUCAUCGAAGGCUUUCGGUUUUUUCAAAAUAGAAUUUACCUAAUCCCCCCAUUUGACUCUGUAUAAUUCUAAUGAUCACCUCUCGUUGGCAGUUGCAAUAUUCAUGACAUACCAGCCCCCUUCCCCUUCUCUGCUGGAGGUAUAUGUUUUACUCCCGAGUACUUUACGCGUCUUAUUAUAGCGUUAUUUAAUGGACGAGAAAAACAAUCGUAGAGAAAGUUAUUUUUGCAACUACGUGAAAAAUAAGCUUAUUCAAAUAAAAGUUUAACUUUAGAUGCGUGUUUCUACGUUAUACCGAUGCAAUAUGAAUAAGUUUCUUCAUCAAAGAACCGUAACAUGCGUAGCCAGGCUCCCAAAGGAGGGAAGAGGGGAGGAGAGAGGAGAUGACUAGGAUAAAAGAAGCACUCAACAUUCAGUUGUACUCCCCUCAUACUCUAUUAGGGACGCCUGAUACCUGAAAACCAUUAUAUUUAUCCAAAUCCAGCACCUCCUUAAUAAGGAAUGGUCCCUAAGUCAUCUCAUCGCCAUCUUUGAUUUUAUUGCCCUUACACAUAACUUAUAUUCAUCAACACUAUUUUUUUAGUUAUUAUUAGUAUUAUUAUUCAUCGUUGCACAAUAACAACAUUACAAUAUAUCACGAGAAAUUUUAUUUCAUUACAAUAUUAAGAAAAAGGAGAGAAAAAAUUACAUCAAUGAGAAAAUAUAAGGGGCACUGACAACACAACUAAGCAAGGAAAUUAAUGAAGAAAGAGGAUCUCCACUGCCUUAAAUUACUUUUAAAAGUGUUUAGAUACUCCUUUAUUAUAAAUUAUGCAAUUUUUGGUAAACUAUAUGUUAUGAAACGAUAGAUUAAAUGUUUCGAUAAAGAAAAUUUGUCAAUUAGCAGUUUAGAGGAACGUACGUGUAAUAGAUUUUGAAAGUAAACUAGACAUCCUGACUGUAAGACUUCCUCAAAUGUGCCGGGGGCCUGGAAAGAGGCAGAAAGAAGACAGGAUAGGUGGGAGGAUCCUAUAUCAGUUACUAUUAUACGAUAUUUAGGAGCGAGAGUGAAGGGUUCCAUUUCUUCGAAAUUGUAUUAAGAUUGUUCGAUUCUAUUCGGAAAUGAGAUUUAUGUGGCAAAAGGAAGCUUGCUAAAAGAGGAAUGUUAUUAUUUGCUCUGCAACUCCGUAUGUGGUGUCUCACUGAAAGAAAACAAAAAUUACGCUUAGAGGUGUCCGGCCUCAUGCCUAGAUAUAUGGGGUAGUGUGUCGAUCUUAAGAUGCUUAAGUUUUUUAGACACGUUUUCCCAAAAUACUGCGAUUUUCGAACGGUCCCAAAAGAGGUGGAUAAGGUUUUCUAAAUGGUUUUUGGCAAAAAGAGCAGGUCGGGUCUUGUUUUAUAUUAAUUUUUGUCAGGAGAAGGUUCGUCGUAGAGCUCUGUGUAGGAUUCUGUAACGGAAGCUUAUCAUCACUCUGCGCAAUGAAUAAAUUGUACCAGUGCAAUACAAUUUUUACUCAAUGCCGAAGCAUACGACCGGUAAUUGGAGGGCUGAGGUUGAAAAUAUAACAACUCACAUUUAUCUUCAAAAAUCUAAAGUGACACAAUGCCUCUCAGUAUUUUCAUAAUAAGAUAAACAUGGUCCUUGAGGAUUCAUUAAUUAUGUCAAAAUUAUUUAGUUGUAGUAAACAUUUUUUUGUCUCGUCUUUCAACAGAUGCGACUGUCAGUUUUGAUUCGCUUCGUUUCCAUAGGAAUUUCUCUUUUGGCACUUGGGAUAGAGACCCUGCUGACGGCAAGUGCAAGACAGGCGGAGGAGGCUGGUGGUACGGUGAUAGAUGUGUGGUAACGUCAAACCUUAACGGUUUUUACCCAAGUCGUGGAAAGGAAACUCACUUGAGCCUCAUCUACUGGGCGUUUUUAGGAAGCACUGCUAAAGCCAGUGUCCCUGCAAACUCUGAAAUGAAAAUCAGACCGGUGAAAUUUAAAUAGAGUUCUCUUACCAAUCAUUCCUUAGAACCCUUAUUUACAAGAUGGGUGAAAGUAAGAGAGAAGUAAGAGUAGAUAGAUAAAUAGGGUUAUAAAUAAAUAGAAGGAUAUAUAGAUACUUUGAUUCGUAAAAAUAAUUACAUUUCUAUUAGUGUUAGAAGUAGUUUCCUAACACUCGUCGUUCAGUUGACUAUUUCUUUUAUUCUCUCUUUUAUUACGCAAGUUAAUACAACGGGGACUAGCUCUGGUUUAACAAGGAAAGUGUGGGUCACCGUAAAGGUGACGCUUACUAAGCUGUCAAUCUUUAACCUUCGUCAUGCUUUUACACUUAACUAACGAAUCACGCUAAGCUGCGCAGAGCGGAGUUCGCAUACAAAGUACGUACCUUCGCGAUGUUUACACUUUACAAAAUGACUUUCUACCUUAAAUUUCUUAGUCUUACAGUCAAGGUCGGAUGAAACAAAAACAAGAUUGGUAAUGUAACAAUUAUAAUAAACUUACUUACAGAAUUAGAAUCAUACUUGAAAAGAUAUCUUAAGAGGAAAUAGUCUUUGAAGGCUUUUACAAAACAACAGAAUAAACAGAAAAUUCGGAAAAGAAAGGGUGUACUCAAGGUACCGCCCCUAAAAGAGUUACGUGCUAUUCGUAUAAAUUACCUGACUAUAAAUUUAGUGCGGAAGAUGAAAACUGACAACAUGUUUACACCUUAAGACACCUUCAAGGAAAAGAGGUAUCGAGCGUGCUAAAUUCUACCUGUAAGAUAGACCGCCUAAAGGAAUAAGAAAUGAUCAACUGACUUAUUACAAUUUUUACUGAAUGGCUUUUGCUAAUAUAUCAUUUCCAUUAAUUUUUCACGUUCAAAUAAGUUAAAAAACACCUAUAAUGAAAAUUCUUGCUACAUGCCAAUUUUGUCUUUUAACAUUAGCUGAGGUGGGAUAUCUUAUCAAAUUAGGUCUCACUGAAACAACGACAGAAUUUAAGUUACACAAAGCAUUUAUCUUGGAAAACUCGCUCUGUGUAUGUUCAUUGGAACAAGUAUGUUUAACAAGUAUACUAUGCAAAAUAGACUUAAUUUAACAAAUUGGAAAACCUCGACUGUGCCCUGUUCUGUUGUAAAGCACGCAGGAAGCGCCUAGAGGACGAAAGAAGUGCAGUAUUACUGCGUCAGUGAAUGACAAUUAACUCGUUUGAAAAUGUAAAUUGUCCACCGUAUCAGGUUUCUAAGCUGAAGUUCCAAGCGUUAGGUCUUUGUCCGAGCAUUUGAUUGUUUUACCUUGUUCUCUAAUUGGCGCUACUUCAUCCAUUUAUUUAUCCACAACCCAUGAGUGUACACCCUAUGUUAAACGUGCCUGCAUUUGAUGAGUCAGGGAAACUUCGGUGGGUAACAAAAUACAAAUAAUAAUAAUAACAAUAAUAAUAAUAAUAAUAAUAAUAAUAAAAUUUAAAAAUUAUUAAACGCUCCAUGCUCUCGUUAAUAAGACGAGUCGCAAUAACUAAAGUCUUCAGUUUUAUUUUACAAUCUGAUGAGAGAGAGGAUCUGGAUAGGUUAACAUAUGGCCCUUCAGUACACAGAAAGAAAGUUGGCAUUUAGGUAAGUUUUUGGUUGUCUAUCAUCCCGUUUGGGUUGUUGGAAGACACUUUUUGCCCUAACUUAACAAAAUUCUAUUCUAUUCUAUUUAUUCGAAUAAAGCUUUGUUUUUACAUUAAGAUUUUAUCACAUUAGUGUUAGCCUUGGCAUAAGUUUUGUUCCUUGAGUUGGUAUAUAUUGAUAUCUAUUCAGAAAUGCUUUGGGAACCUCAUUAGUCGUUCGUAAAAUUGUGAGAUGACUGGUUUGCUCAACCAGUGCCUCUAAAAUGUUUUAGUUCAAAUUGAACCUUUUCGAAUUUGUUUUAUCACCAGGUUUCUUUCGACAACGCCUUAAUCGUGUAAUUUUGAUAUCUCGGAGCUCAAUUUUAUUCACAUUCAAUCCGGUAUAGUAAAAAUUUUAUUAUUCUUCACCUGCCACUAUUACCGUUUUCCAACGGUUGUAGCUUUGAGGCCGUUGUCUUCUUUUCAGGUUCAAGUUAGAAAAAAAAAGUUAUUAAAUGAAAAACAAAGCUGCAUACCAUGAACGAAGUACAAUUAGAUAAAUACUCUCCGUUUGAUGUGAAAUUCUGAUUCCUUUUUUUAUUUUAUUUUAUUUUUUUUUUCUGUAGCACUUUUCAUGAAUGACAUAUUUUGACCCUCACGUUUGGGAAGAUCUUUCACAACAACAAAAAUUAAAAAAAGAGUCAGAACAAAAAAAUUCACCAUCCAUCGAAAAACGUGACUUUUUAAAAUUUUUUUGCAACAAGGCCGUACAAGUGCAACAGGGUCGGACUAAUUUUCCCGGACCAGCUCACUUCUACCCUUCUGGCCCUAUACACUUAAGCUUUCACCAUUUUUUUUUCUUUAAUUUUUUUUUAAUUAUUAUUGGAUUGCGCGAGCGGAGCCGGAGGUGAUAUGACCAUCGUGUAUUGAUUCAGUUGCCUUUUGAGUGAACCAACCCACUCGUCAACUGGUAUAUCGAAGCCUGAAGAAUACAUCAAAGUCUUUUAUUAUUUAUAUAUAUAUAUAUAUAUAUAUAUAUAUAUAUAUAUAUAUGUGUGUGUGUGUGUGUGUUGCUGUUGUUGGAUUGUUGUUUCUACCUCAUUAAAUAUGGUCUUGAACAAUUUUUUUGGUAAAUAACAGCUAUAUUGCGUUUUUACAUAUCUACGCCAUUUUGUGCUUUAUAUUUGAUAACGUGCAGUAUGAUGCAAUAUCUCGUGUCCAACAGAGUUGACAGAGCACACGAUACUAAUGUCUAAUACCUUUAGAACCUUUAAACCAAUUUCCGAUUAAUAUUUAGCAAAAAUGACCAACACGCGAGUAAACUAUGAAUUUCCGGUGCUAAGCUAGUAAAUUCCCUUGAACAAAAACAACCAAAAAAAGAAAAAAAAAUGAGAGUACAACACUACUUUGUGUCAUUUAACAAUACUGCCUUACAUUUCCAAUAAGGGAGAACCUCGUUCGUGGAUAAAACGCAGUGCAUCCGGUUCAAGUGAGACAAUAGCCUGGACCCUUUUAUGAUUAUACUUCAGUGCCUCAGAAGCGCCAGCCAAAAAGUUUGGAUGUACUCUGCUCGUAAGCUAGUUCACUAGUUCACCUGCUAGCAACACCGAAGGUUUUAGUUUGCUCAUUUUUCUAAAAGUUUCUUUUGCAAAUCUGAGAGAACACUUCGUUGUCGGUAAGAACUAAUUUUCUGGGCUAGACUUAAUAACUACCCGAAAUCUAUGUGCGUGUUCUAAUUUUUUCACCUAAGUCUUAAUCUUGAUUGCGUUUCAACUGAUUACAGCUUUGAGUUGGAUCAAGCUUUAGACCACCAAAUGAAUUUUGUUCCCUCGAGCUCCACCAUGCUGCUCUUUGUACUUUUCUCGACGACAAAUCUUUUAACAAAUGCAGCCCCGUUAGACUGCCACAACGACACUGGAAGCUCCCAGAAAGAAAUACUGCUACAACUUUCUGAAAUUCAAAGUCAAGUGAAUAUUCUCAGGGGAAACGGAACAUCAGUGAAAGGUAAGUAGAUAUAGAAAUUACAUACACCUCCUGAUUCUAAACAUUCGCGCCAGUGAAGAGAAACUUGUGACAUCAAACAAAUUAUUAUUCCAACAAUCAGUACAUUUCGAUAGUCAUGGUGAAGUUUGUUUAUUAAGGCGCUGGUUUAUUGAAAUGAUCAUAUUUUUUGGGCGACUUAACAGAAAUCAGAAAUACUUAGAAGUCUUCAUUCUUAAGGUAUACAAAUAUGUACAAUUCAGUUGACGGAAAUUGCAUAUUUUUGCCCUGUCAGCUAGGAACUGUGCUGACGUGCACAAGUUUGGUGGAAGAAUCAGCAAUGUCUACACAAUCGACCCUCAUGAUGGUUUAGGCGCCUUUGACGUGUUUUGCGACCAGACCACAGCUGGUGGAGGAUGGACUGUACUUCAGAAGAGACUUAAUGGCUCCAUGGAUUUCAAUCGCACCUGGGAAGAGUAUAAACAUGGUUUCGGAAAUUUCUUCACUCAAGAAUUUUGGCUCGGACUGGACAAAAUCCACCGUUUGACAAGAAACGGGACGGGAAAUAGACUUCGAGUAGAACUGGGAGUAACUAAUGAAGAGCUUGUUUACGCUGAGUAUGGACUGUUUGUCAUCGGAAACGAGAAUACUUCCUACCGGCUGAACAACCUUUCAGGUGAGCUAGUCAGAUUGCUUCGUUUAGCUUAUCCUCAUUUUCCUCAUCAGUAAUUAUUGUCCUUAUUUCUUUACCUUUAAGCUCCUCUUUAUUUAUCAUCGCUCUGCUAAGUAAUCUUUCCUAUGUUAUCUUAUUUAAAUCAAAAUUUUCCCUAAGAAACUGCAUUGAAUAUGAGUUUCGUGCAAGGCAUGUACGUGCUCCUGUCGCACGAAUGAAUCAGGUAAAUAAAUUUUCUCAUGGUAACCCUUUUGCUACUUGGUGCCAAAACCUGAAUAUGUUAAAGUUGAAUGUUAACAGAAGUCAUAUUUUUCUUCAAGUUUUUAGUUUUCUUGAGAUAAAAUUUACCACGUUUUGUAUGCAAAAUAUCUCUCAGUGUUUUAAUCAAACUUAAAAACAACGAACGUAAAACUUAAAGCCUUAAAAAGAAGUUGAUUUAUUCAUUAAAAUUUCCCUCGUUUUUCAACAGGUGCAACGGAGAAUGAUCCUCUUGGUUACCAUAGGAACUUCUCCUUUGGCACUUGGGAUAGAGACCCUGCUAAUGGCAAGUGCGAUGCAUACGGGAGACUUGGAGGAGGCUGGUGGUACGGUGAAAUAUGCGUGGUAAAUUCAAACCUCAACGGUCUUUACCCAAGCCGUGGAACUAAAACUCCUAUGGGCGACAUUACAUGGGCAAAAUUAGGAAGCACUGCUAAGGCAAGCACUCCUGCAACCACUGAAAUGAAAAUCAGACCGGUGGGCUAUAAUUAG